UUAACGAUGAAGCAUCGGAUGAUCCAAAAAAGAGGCAAAUAUCACCGGUCUCAGACUACUAACUGUAAAGUCUAACUAUCCAGUUAGGGAUAAGAUUUCUCUCUGUGAUCAGCUCUAUAGAAGAACUAUUGAUAUUGAAAAUAUUAGAGUUCUCAAAGAUACAGGAAUCAUCAUUUUUGAUCAAGCCAAAAGUAUGAGAAAUGAAGCAAAAUCUACACAUAAAGGAGAUAAGUUUGGAAAGUCACGGACUACGCAUUGGUUCUUUAUAGAAUUUACCUUUCAUACAGAGUGGAGUGACCUCGUAGCUCCAGAAGAUGAGUUCCACCUCAUUUGGGACUCUGGCUGAGAAGCAUCUGUGUAUGAUUAUAAUACAGGACAGUACCUUCAAGUCUUUAGUGCUACAAGCAGGAACUAUUAUGUUUUAGACAAAUCUUACCAAAGAAGAAAGACCAAUUUUGCUAUUUGAGAUAUCAGAAAACUCAUGAGUGAGAAUACAUAAUAUGGAGGCCUUACAUUAGGAAU